AUGGAUCACCAAUCCCCCAAGAUCAAAAAGACUGGCAAGGCGCGCAUCCCCGAUCACCUGCGCCGUCGAGCACUCGUCUCCUGCGAUCGCUGCAAGAAGAGACGGAUCCGUUGUUUGCGAUCCAGCGCCAGCGAUGCCAAUGAGCCCUGCCAGGCAUGCCUCGACGUCGGCGUCGGCUGCGAGUCGACGCUCCCGCGUAAGACACGCAUCUACGGCUCCGUCGAGACCCUCAGCGCUCGCUACCGUGUGCUUGACACCCUGAUUAGAGGCCUCUUCCCGGAUCGCGAUACGAACAGUAUCGAGACACUGAAUGCCAUUGCCGAGGCGCACGAGAUCCGGCUGCCGACCUUCGACGACCGGACCGUUGCUGAAGAGCUCUUUAGCCAGCCCGCGAAACAGAUUGCGCCGAGUCCACCGCAGAGCGCAGGCGAUGUGACGAGUCCUUCGGUGGCAUCGCGAGAGUCGGAGAAUUCAGACAUCAAGGGGAAGGUGCUGGAGGAGAGAUUGGUGCCCCUGCCGCAAGGACCCUCGCAUUAUAUUGGCCCAUCAAGCUCGUUUGGAUUCGUGUUGACCGUGCGGAACAUGGUAGCCGAGUUUAAUGCGGCGCUGAGGACAAUCCAACCCGACGACGAGCGGUCAAAACUCUCGGCGGAUUUUGCGGGCUCGAAUUGGAGCAAGGCCUUGGAACCGAUUGUCAAGGACGAGAGCGAUGAGUCGUCCGAGGAAACUGGGAACGUGGAUAGACAGUUUGGGGUUCAAUCUUCGAGUGUGCCCAGACAACGUGCACCCUCGCUCUUUCCUAGCUCGGUGGACAGCGAUCGGACGAAUCGCUUGAAGAGAAUCACUGUGUCUUCACUGUUGCCGGGGAAACAAGUGACCGACAAAUUCCUCGAAGCUUAUUUCGAGUCUGUCCAUCCGAACUAUCUUCUUUUCCACAGACCAACUUUCCAAGCCCGAUAUGAGAAGAUGUGGAACCAGCCGCACCUUUUGACGCGUGACGAUCCAGGCUGGGCCUGCUGCAUCUUUAUGGUGGUCGUUUUUGGGGUACAGGCUAUAGAAGAUCGCGAUGCGAGGCAAUCAAUGCAAAUUCAACGGCACUAUCUGCAGCUCGUGCAGUCCAUGAUGCAUUCUCUGAUCAGCACUUCGACGCUUGUCAAUGUCCAAGCUUUACUCUUACUUCAGCUGUACCAGCACAAUUUUACAGAAAGGAAUAGUGCUUUCAUGCUUCUCGGAUGUGCUUCUCGGAUGGCUAUGGCUCUCGGUAUGCACAGGGAAGGCACAUCAGGCGGCUUCGACGACAUGGAGAGGGAAGUCCGAAAACGUGUAUGGUGGACCGCCUACAUGUUUGAACAAAACCAGUGUGCCAUUCUUGGUCGUCCAUGCGCAAUUGACGACACGGAAGUCAAUAUCACCUAUCCAAACGAGCUUAUGCUUGAUGGCGGGGCUUCAGUACCACCUGGGUACAUCGACCAUUCAGUUCGUCUGAUGAAGCUCCUCUCAGACGUGAGGCGGAAAAUCUACUCUUCGCCUUCAAGCGCGACUCAACAAGGCAAGUCCCCAAAGAUGAACGUUGCUGUUCAGUUCCUCCUGGAUUUAGACUCGUGGAGCCACAGCCUUCCAACCCCCCUACGUCUUGAAAAUCUCCCCCAAGUCCCCAAACAUAGGCGCGCAGUUAUACUACUCCAUAUCACCUUUUACCAGAUCCAAUCCCUCGUUACCCGCCCCUUCAUCCUCCGAAAGGUUGGUGUUCAAUUAGCUCGCAAGUUGGGUCGACACGUUCGCUCCCAAGACCUCGAUGCAGAAGAGCUCAAAUUGUCUCACGCUUGCGGAACCUCUUCUCGACAGGCAACUAUGCUCCUUCAGCAGCUCCUCGCCACAGGGCAAUUUGAUGGCGUAGCUUGGGUAGACGCCUACUAUAUCUACCACUCUGUCUUCAUCCUCGCCCUCGACUUUCUUGCGCGUCCCUGGGACGAGCGCGAUACCGCUGAAGAUCAGUCCCGCAAACAAGCCGUCCGAGACGUCAUGACCGCUCUCCAACCAGUAAAGCUCUGUCCAACAUUCACUAUACUCACCGGAGUCUGCCUCCAACUCGCCAAGAUCGUAGGGAUCUUCGAUGCAGGUUCCGAUGCGCCGGAAAAAUCAGAUGAGUACAAGCAGUACAUUGACCAGCAGCAUGCCUCAUUCGGCGUCGAAUACGGGCCUAUCCCGCACGCAAACCCUGCACAAGGUAACCAGGGAGUACAUAACUGGUUCCAGAAGGAGCCAGUCGAUCUACCAUGGGAUCUGAAGGAUUUCUUCGGUGCGGAGGGCUUUGUAAAUGCAGGACCUGUCGUUACUACGCAAGGAUUUGGAACCUUUGUGCCUCUUCAGGGAGUAUAUCAACCUGUGCCGAUCAUCGGGGAGGUAGGGGAGGAGCUGAUGGUGCCACCACACAUGGCAUAUGCCCAAUACUCUGCUGCGCCGCCGCCGCAUCACGUUUCUGCUGCUUGGAGCGCUCUAGAUGGGCCAUUUGGGGGUCAGAGGUUGGGUAAUGGCAUGCCCAAAGGGCCAGGUGUGCUCUGA